CUCUCUCUCUCUCUCUCUCUCACUCUGUUGUGGAACCACAACAUGUUAGAGCCUGAGAGAAAAUGCAUGAUCCUCUUCUCUAUGAGCUGACGGAGACACAGACCCGAGCAGCAGUGGGACAUUUUCACUAAAAGUCUUCACAUCGGAGGAUUAAAACUUCUUUGAGAAAUGAGAAGGGUCCCUCAUCUAAAUGGAACGAACGCUGAGGAAGAAAGUGUUGUGAGCAGCGGACUCGCCACGUCCCUGGGCGCCCUCAUCCUCAGCAUCGUCGUCCUCCUGGGCGUCCCCGGUAACCUCUUCAUCGUCUGGAGCAUCCUGGCCCGCAUCCGGCACCGCUCGGUCACCGCCAUCCUGAUCCUCAACCUGGCCUGCGCCGAUGGCUCGCUCAUGGCCCUCACCAUCUUCUUCAUCAUCUACCUGGCCAAGCAGACGUGGAUCUUUGGAAACUUUAUGUGUAAAGGCCUCUUCUACCUGUGCAACGUCAACAUGUACGCCUCCAUCUUUCUGAUCACGCUGAUGAGCGUGCACAGGAUGGUGGCCGUGCUGUAUCCACGGGAACUGUACCGGAUCAGCCCCAAGAUAGUGAGGAGGGUGAUCGUGGGCAUGUGGGCGUUGGUCAUGGUGAUCUCCUUGCCCUCGCUGGUGUUUCGAGAUGUGGGAAUAAACCGUGACCACAAUAAAACAAGAAACGUGUGUUCGCCAAAUCACACCCURUCCAGCCACGUCAGGUUCCAGUACACCCUGGAGACCGUGUCUGGGUUUACUAUUCCCUACGCCAUCAUCAUCACCAGCUAYGUCCUCAUCCUGAAGCGUCUGAGGCAGACCCACUUUCGCCAAAAGGCUCGCAGCGAGAAGCUCAUUCUGGCCAUCGUGGUGACGUUCGGCGUGUUUUGGCUGCCGUACCACGUCGUCAACAUGAUACAGGUGGCGGCUGAGUGGUAUCCAGAAGAUUCAGAGACAGGAAAAACACUGGAACAYAUCCAUCAGUCGUGCCGAGCCGUGACCUCGACUAUAGCCUUCAUCAGCAGCUGUGCCAACCCCAUCCUCUACACCUUCGCUGGGAAGUCCUACAUCAAGCGCAACGGCUURGCCUUCAUGGCUAAACUGUUCGAAGGCACGUCGCAGGACCAACCCAAAACCAAAAAGGGUCAGCUGUUCAAGAAAAACAGCGUCAUAAACACGUCUGAGUCUUCUGCACCCAUCAGGAAUAUUGCUUUAACUUAAAAGAUGCAAAUGAACUCUGAAAUGUUGUGACRUGUAGUAGAAAAUUUAGUUUAGAAGAACUAUUAUGAAUUAGAGGAAAACAUAAAGCAAAUAUUUUGGAUUAUACUGUAUUUCCAAGUUUUUUCUCAAGGAAACAAAACAGGAAUGAAUUUCCUGUUGUAUUGUGGUUUAAUCAAAACCGAACUAUUUUAUUGGAAUAUUUAUAACCCAGAGCUUGACUGUUAUUUGUAACAAAAUAAGAAUUUAUUGACAUUUACAAUGUUUGUGAGAAUUUUUUUUUUUUUACCAAUGGCUUAUUUUAAGACUAAAACUCUAUUGGGACCAAUUAAUUCGCACUGUAUUGAAAAACAUUUUUGAUCAACCCCAAUGUAUAUUAAUGUGCCCAAUUUAAAAAUAAUAAAUUUUGCAUUUUAUACAUUU